GUGUAAGGACUGUAAUGUUUAGUUGUCUUUUUAGAGAAACUCCGUGUUACAAGUAUAUGAAUCUUAUUUUCUCUGUUAGUUAUCAGUGAGUCCGUGAAAGAAAAUGGUUCACCUGGUAUUUAGGUCACACCUGCUGCCGUCAUGGAUCCGGCUGCUGUGGAAUACACCGUGGGAGGUGUGAGGAUCCAGUUCCCGUGCAAGGCCUAUCCCUCCCAGCUGGCUAUGAUGAACUCAAUUGUGCGGGGCUUGAACCAUGGACAGCACUGUCUGCUGGAGAGCCCCACAGGCAGUGGGAAGAGUUUGGCUUUGCUGUGCUCGGUGUUGGCCUGGCAGCAGGCGCAGUAUGGAAAAGCAGAGCUGGAGUGGACCUCAUCUGACGAGUGCAAGAAACGAAACAUCACCACACCCUGCCAGUGCAUCUGCCACGCCCCCGGAAGGGGUGACCUCCACGGGCCUUCUGCAAAAAGCGGGUCAGCUCCGCCUGUCGUGGACCUCACUGGUGAAGAUGCAGAGGUUAUAACCCAGUGCGCUCCCCCUCCUCCCGCUAAAGAGGAGUACACGCCCAGACGCAGCACUCUGGCCUCCAGGCUGUCAGAGAAGCUACAGGCUUCCUUCAGCGUGGACACUGACGAUGACUUUCAGGCCGACAGGAAGCGAAUCCGCACCCCGGCCGCAGAUCAGAAGGGGAGGAAGCGGAGGUGUUUGGAGCAGGGCGUAAUCUUCAUUGAUGAUGACUCGGAGCGCGAGAGUCGGCUUGGUGCAGCCCACUCUGGCUGUAAUGAGGUCCGGCCCCCCUGCUCACUGUGCCCCUGUGGCAUUGCCAAGGAUGCUAAGGAGAAGGAGGGCGCCUCUGCUGGUGGGGGGAGGAAAGCCGUGCCCAAGAUCUACUUCGGCACGCGUACGCACAAGCAGAUCACGCAGAUCGCGCGUGAGCUCAAGCGCACCUUCUACUCGGGCACACCCAUGUCCAUUCUGUCCAGCCGCGACCACACCUGCGUGCACCCAGAGGUCGUGCAUCAUUCCAACCGCAACGAGCGCUGUAAGGAGCUGCUGGAGGGCAAGAAUGACCGGUCGUGCCGCUACUACCACGGUGUGAACCGGAUGCGGGACCAGAGCACGCUGCAGCAGGUACACGGCCUGUACCGGGCCUGGGACAUCGAGGAGCUGGUGGCGCUGGGCGGCCGGCUGCGCUCCUGCCCCUACUACGCGGCCCGGGAGCUUGCGCAGGACGCCCACAUCGUCUUCUGCCCCUACAACUACUUGCUGGACCCGCUCAUCCGUGAGAGUAUGGAGAUCAACUUGAAGGGCCAGGUUGUAGUGCUGGAUGAGGCGCAUAACAUCGAGGACUGCGCACGGGAGAGCACCAGCUAUACCCUGAACCAGGCCGCGUUGCUGUUGGCGCGUGAGGAGAUUGACGGCAUGGUGAACCACAACAUCCGCCGGAGCCAGCAUGAGCCCCUCAGGGCCUUCUGCUGCAGCCUGCUUAACUGGAUACAGGAAAGCUGCGGCUGUCUGUCAGAGCGGGAGUUCGAGGUUUCCUGCCGGGUGUGGACAGGCACGGAGAUGUUGGCCGUGUUCCGGGGUCUAGGCAUCACUGCCGACACCUUCUCCUUGCUGCAGAACAACCUGGUGGCAGUGCUGGAGAAGGAGGAGCGUGUGGGCCUGGUCCAUGGGCGGGAGGAGGUGGUGGAGGUGCCUACCAUCAGCUCAGCCACGCAGAUCGUGCUCAAGGGCCUCUUCAUGGUUCUGGAGUUCCUCUUCCGACAGAACUGCAGGUUUGCAGAGGAUUAUCGCGUGGCCCUGCAGCGGACCUACGCUUGGGCUUCGCAAGCUCACGUUCCCGACGAGCCUGACGAACGCGGCUUCUUCGCACGCCCACGCCGGCGCCGCCAGGCCCUGGUGCGUCGCACCAAGACCCCGGUGCUCACGCUCAACUUCUGGUGCCUGAACCCAGCCGUUGCCUUCUCUGACCUCAGCGACUCGGUGCGCACCAUCGUCCUGACCUCCGGCACACUCUCACCCAUGGGAUCCUUCUCCUCAGAACUGGGAGUCAGCUUUUCCAUCCAGCUGGAGGCCAGCCAUGUCAUCAGCAAGUCUCAGGUCUGGGUGGGGACGCUGGGGACCGGCCCCCAGGGGCGCAAGCUGUGUGCCACGUUUCAGCACGCCGAGACCUUUACCUUCCAGGACGAGGUGGGCACCUUGCUGCUGAGGGUGUGUCACGCAGUCAGCCGGGGUGUGCUCUGCUUCCUGCCGUCCUACAAGAUGCUGGACAAGCUACGAGAACGCUGGACCAACACGGGCCUUUGGCAGCAGAUCGAGCUCCAGAAGACCGUCGUCACAGAGCCCAGAGGCGGCAGCAAGGGAGAAUUUGAUGAGCUCCUGCAGAGCUACUACAACGCCAUCAAACACCCUGGGGAUAAAGAUGGGGCCUUGCUGAUCGCCGUCUGUCGGGGCAAGGUGAGCGAGGGUCUGGACUUCACCGACGACAACGCCAGGGCCGUGGUCACCAUCGGGAUCCCUUUCCCCAACAUUAAGGACCUCCAGGUGGAGCUGAAGAUGAAGUACAACGACCAGCACUGCCAGAGCCGUGGCCUCCUGUCUGGUCGCCGUUGGUACGAGAUCCAGGCCUACCGUGCCCUCAACCAGGCCCUGGGCAGGUGCAUCCGACACAAGAAUGACUGGGGGGCUCUCAUCCUAGUGGAUGAUCGCUUCAAAUGUAACCCCAACAAGUACAUCACUGGUCUCUCCAAGUGGGUCCGCCAGCUGGUGCAGCAUCACGACACCUUCAACGAUGCCAUGCAGUCUCUGGUCAGUUUCUCCCAGAGUCAGAGUGGGGCGACAGUGAGCCAUGCAGCCCUCGGCGCCCCAGUGGGGCAGACGGAGCUGCCUCCCGGCCCCCUGUUCCCCACUGGUGUCUCGUCUCCACCCUGUAUCGGAUUCCCACCCUUCUCUGCCCCAGACGGGUCCCCCCUGCCACCACUGCCGCCUGCCCAGGAGGCUUCUGGUGCGGCUGCGGUCUCAGAAACGGUCCAGGAACCCAGUGGUGCUCUAGAUGAUCGGAGGCCAGUGGGAAGGCAGCCACAGCCCUCUUCAGACACUCGGCCACGUACGUGUGGAGAACCCAGGCUUCCAGAUCGCCCGCUGCCCAUACACCCCUUCUUUGCCUCCACACCUGUGUCCAGCCGUCUCAGGAAGCCCAUCUUUCAGGCCGGGACCUCUGGCCCUGGGGGCUGGCUAGGCGACGACCCGGACACCCAGACCACGAGCGUCAGGAAGGAACCCCUCCUGGUGUUGCAGACUCCUUCCCAUGCUAGUGAUGACACUGGGGGACAGGAUGUGGGGCUGGUAGGCCACCACCCCCCUAUGGUCACAUCCAUCUCUGAUGCUACACUAGAACCCAGAGCAGUGACCCCCCCACUGGAUGGGGAGGCUGAACAGGAGGACGAGGAGGACCUGAAGAUCUUCUUCACCCCCGAGCUGUUUGAUGCAGAUGACGACAGUGGUGCUGAAGCAGCAGCAUCAGCAGCCAGUACUGAAAAUGAACCUCCUGCUGUAAAUGGAGAACCUGGAAGCGUGUUGGAGACGCUGUCUGAGACUGACCAGGCUAACGGACUAACGGUCACUCCCUCUGACUGCCAGGAGGGCGGCGCUCACUCACUCCCCCAAACAGUAAUGCAGACUGACCAUAUGUGUACAGACAGGGCAGAGCAGAUGGUAAAGGGCCUGUGGCAGGGCAGUCAGACCAGGGACAGGACACACAGGCUUUCCAGGACUAGGCAGAAGGACAGGCUUUCAGCUGCAGGUAACUGACAUCAUUUUUAGCCCCUCCCAUCUAGCUUAAAUCAUACAUCAAAUCUCACGUCAUUUUGUCGGACCAUUUAUCUGUUAAAUACUGUAAUGAUACUUUGAUGAAUAAAAGUUUAAACAUAAAAUGU